AUGGGGUUUGCAGCAGCAGCUAAAGCUGUUUUGCUUGUGCAGCUUUCGCUGCUCUUAGUGAUCAGCUUCAAUGUGUCUGCUCAAGUUUCGCCUGAGCCUUUGCCUCCUCAUUACCAUGAAAUUUUACCUGUAAUUGCACCUAGUCAACCGCCAAGCCACCACCACCACGAGCACCCUUACCGCCAACGCCACCAUCACCAUCACCCGCCCUCCCCUUCACCCAUUAAGCCCCCAACCAACCCCCCACACAAAGCCCCGAUUCCUGAACCAGUUUAUCCACCAACCAAGCCCCCAGUUCACCCGCCAACCAAGCCACCAGUUCACCCACCAACCAAACCGCCAACUUACGGUCCACCCAAGCCACCAGUUCACCCUCCGACCAAGCCACCAACUAAGCCACCUGUUCAUCCUCCAACCAAGCCUCCAACUCACUCACCAACAUACCCACCAUCGCAUCCUCCGGCUAAGCCACCAACUUACCCAAAGCCUCCAGUUAGGAGUCUUGUGGCAGUUCAGGGCGUUGUUUAUUGCGAGUCAUGCAAGUACGCUGGAGUAGGCACCCUCUUGGGAGCUAAACCAAUUCCUGGUGCCAUUGUAAAGCUGACAUGCAAGAACACCAAAUACAAUCUAGUGGUCGAAGCCAAAACUGACAAGAACGGCUAUUUCUUCCUGGAAGCACCAAAGACGAUAACCAGCUUUGGAGCCCACAAAUGCACAGUUUCCCUAGUAUCAUCACCAUGGGCUUCAUGCAGCAAGCCAUCUAAUCUCAACGGUGGAUCGACGGGUGCCACCUUGAGGCCCGAGGAGCCACAUACUGAAUACAAGCUCCCAUUUAUUCUCUACACCGUUGGGCCAUUCGCUUUCGAACCCAAAUGUUACUAG